AUUGAUUCCUCCCCCCUACAGAUAUAUUCCUCGGCUCUGGUCUUCGCGCCCAGGAAUAGUCUUAUCCGAAAGAUGUUCGACAAAUGUAUUCCAGGAUGGAUCUCACGACCGCCAGAGGUGGGCCUGGACUGGGGAGAUUGUCUACGAACAUUAGACGGACAUGAAGACUAUUUGGAUGAUAUUACUUUCUCUCCAGACGGAAAGACCAUGGCUUCGGCAUCACACGAUGGCACGAUUCGCGUUUGGGACACCGUAACCGACGAAAAAACGCUCACUCUCCGUGGCCACAUCGGUGCAGUCUUUGCGGUAACAUAUUCACCGAAUGGCAAGACACUUGCUUCAGCGUCCUCAGACCACACAGUCCGCCUAUGGGAUACAGCCACGGGCGAGGAAGUCUCGAGACUAGAAGGCCAUGGCGGGAGUGUAAACAGUGUCGCCUACGCACCCGAUGGGAAACAGAUAAUAUCAGGCUCCGACGAUGGUACCGUUCGAGUGUGGGACGCUCACACAGGCAAGGUGGUGAAGACCCUCGAGGUCCAUGAGAAAACAGUCAGUUCGGUGACCUUCUCCCCGGAUGGUCAGACAAUCGCCUCGGCCGCUCUAGACCGUACCAUUCAACUCUGGGGCGCGUCGACCUACCAGAGAAUCAAAGUGAUCAAAUGCGGCACCCCGACGCGCCUGGUCUAUUCACCCGAUGGCAAGACGCUGGCCUCGGUUGAGAUGAGCAAGGGAGUGCGCCUUUGGGAUCCGGUAACUGGCGAGGAGAAAAAGGAGACGAGAACCGGGUGCUACAUUCGUGCUGUAGCCUAUUCGCCUGACGGCCAACUGUUGGCAUCCAUCGAUGGUGAUAACGCAAUCCGCCUGAGGAACUCAACGACCUACGUCGAGGAGCGCAAGCUGGACCACAGCUCAGCCAGCAAUAGGAUUGCGUUUUCCCCAGACGGCAGAAUAGUGGCGAUCGGGGUCCAUCCAUACGCCAUUCAGCUCUGGGACGUGACAAGACCCAUAUCAGACCAGCAAGACGAGGAAGACAGUUGCCUCUGGAAUCCAGCCACCCAAAAAGUCAAGAAAAAGGGGCCGGUUACGCGUUCUCCUCUUGAGACUGCCGUCUUCUCGCCAACCGGCAGCCGCGCCCUCUCGGGUGAAUAUGAGAAGAUUCAUCUAUGGGAUCCGGCGACGGGCGAGCAGCUGCAAACGCUGCAGGUUCCUGGCUUUCUAGGUGGAAGAAUUGCCCUUUCGCCUGAUGGGAAUACAUUGGCUCUGGCUAGACCUUUUCUAGAUCUCUGGGACAUGGCAGCCGGUGAGCAGAUAACACGCCUGGAUCACUAUGGGGGUUACUCUUACGGUGCCAUUGCUUUCUCUACUAAUGGUCAGAUGGUGGCAUGCCGUAUACAUGACCACCAAUGUUCGAUAUGGAGUGUGCCGACGAGGGAACAUAUCUUCAAUCUUACAAAUCUUCCCAGGAUAUGCAACCGGCUGGAAGUCUCAUAUGAUGGUACGACAUUCACUUGUGUUGAGAACUCGAAUACAUGGGCCUGGAAAUUCGUGAAGAGAAGGGAGCUACCUGUUAAGAUUCUCUGGAUCCCUCUCAACUACAGACCAAACUGCAUGGAUGCCUGUAAUGGCCUCUGUAUAAUGGGAUACGAAAGGGGCGAAGUGAAGUUCCUCGGAUUUAAUUGGGGUUUAUUAUGA